AUGGCUUUGGACAAUACGAGUCUGCCAUUAAAAAAGAAAACUGUCCACAAAAAAACAUUACUUGAAGAUGUAUCGCAUAAAGAAGGCCAUUACUUAACUUUAGCAUACGCCACAGCAAAUAAUUACGACUUGAAAGCUUUGAGAGAAGGACUGGUUAACCAGAAGUUGUAUGAACCAGAAACUCUAAAAGCCCAAGACCUCGGUGAUGUGGUGGUCGCCCGAGCCGUUUACUCUAUAGGACAUGAACCGCGUGAGAUCAUAUUCUUCCGGGAAGGUGCUGUCGUAUUUUGGAAUUGUACAGAGCUUGAAGCUAAUAAUGUUCUUGAUUUUAUCAGGCCUCAUGCUAUGGCACAGUCAGCUCGGCUUGGUGCGUGGGAGGCUCGUCUUGAAGCACUCGCUGCUGAUGUGAGAGCACUUUCUAUGCACAUGGAAAGGGACGGAGCUGCACAUGUUGACAAGAAAGUGGUGGUUCGUAAGCUGGGUGAACUAUUCUCUCUUCGUCACCAGCUGUGCUUGGAGUCAGAUCUGUUAGAUACACCGGAUUUCUACUGGGAGGAGGAAAGGCUCGAGCGACUCUACUCACACACGGUCGCAUACUUCACCAUACCAAGGCGUACACGGGUGUUGAACGAGCGUCUUUCCCAUUGUGUGGAGUUAUUGGAACUGUUAUCAAGCUGGGCAGCUGAUCGUCACCACGUGCGUCUUGAGUGGAUGGUGAUAGCCCUCAUCCUGGCUGAGGUCUGCUUCGAGUUGCUACACUGUUACGAGAGGUAUAUGUGGAAUGAUUCUGGUCAUAACGGACAACACGUGGCGCCAACUAUGGGAUGA